AUGGGCAACUCGGGACGAAUUUUCGAUGUGGACUACUUGGCCAUUCCCAUCUUCAAAAGUUCACACUACUCGCUGAUGAUCGUGCCAUCCCCAAAGAGACUGCUGGGAGCCACGUCGGCGGCGGACACGACGCCUUUGGAGCUGAUUCUACUCGACAGUUAUGGCACGCACCGGGAUGACCAGUCUGUGUUUGAUGGCGUCAAACUGUUUCUGGAACUGACCGCCAAAGACCUGCACCCUGAGUGUGACGUGAACACUCUUGUGACCGCGCUGAGGGACGCCACGCCCGUACCCAUGAAGAAGCAUAAGGUGCAGCAGCAGGACAACCAGCACGACUGUGGGAUUUUUGUAUGCCACUUCCUGAAAGUCCUUGUGGAUACUGAUUUCAAGACACUGCGCUCGUAUCUGUACUUGGAGGGCGUCAGUUCGCUGGAGAUGCGGCAGGCCAUGCGGGGAGACCUAUGCAUGCAUGCGUCUGACGAGCUUGUACCGGCGCUUGUGCAACUGGGGGUGGUCGUCCCGAAGCAACCCGCGCCCAGAGUUGCUAAGCACGGUGCCGUCCUAGAUUCAGGAGGGGAGGACGGCAACACAAAGCUGACACGGAUGCAGGUGGAGCACUACGGCAUGAAGAGGGACAUUGUGAUAUGGAAAGCAGCCAUCACUGCCGUCGGAGCUGCUAUGGGCUACAGCGUUACAGACAGCCCCGUUUCCAAGGGCGAUACGGAUGUCAGUGUUGCCCAGGGCGGUGCGGGCAUAGCCAAAGUCGAGCUAGGGGUGGUUCAUCCGAGUCCAUGCGCGCUGCCAGUGCCGGCCACGCAUAGCUGGUCGCUGAAAGGCACUCCGGGAAGUGUGCCCACCGCGCACCAUGCAAAGCAUUCGGUCGUUCAUGCUGGUGGGUCAAAGCCAGUGGUGUUGGCUAUUCCGGCAAAGAAGAAACGCGACGCCACGGCUCCGUCAGGGAGCGAUGCUGAGGGCGACGUGCCCGCUUGCAAGGGGAAGGGUAAGGGACAGGGACGGAGUUCAAAGUACAAGGGUGUGCGUAAGGAGAAGCGUGGUAAGUGGAGCGCAAAGAUCUUAUUCCGGGAGAAGAAUAAGGCGAAGCGCGCGCAGAUGAGGCUGGGUGCGUACAACAAGGAGCUGGAGGCUGCCACGGCGUACGCAGCCGCGGUGCACGUUGUCAAGGAAGGUAAACGUGUUUCGGGAACAGUGGAUCUGUCGGAUGAGGAAAAGGGGCUGCUGAAGGGGUGCACACUGUCAGAGGUCAAGCGGCUGGUUAAGGGCCGACAGUGGUUCCGAUGGACGGAGUGGGAGGAGGCAUUAGCGGACUGUCCGGAGGAGGAAACAGGAGGGGAGGGGGAAGAGCAUUCUCAGUCGCAGGAUGAUGAGGAGGAGGAUGUUGCUGGAUGUGCCUCAUAG